GCAGGGCAUCAUGUGUUUGAUUGCCCGUUUCUUGGCAAGCGACCUCCAGCCGAAGAUCGCAGCAGCACCCAAGCUCAGAAGCGCGUGAAAAUGAGUGGAGGAAAGAGUACUAAGGCUGCUGAAAAGAGUAACUAUGCUAAUGAAAGUGAUGACAGCGCGUAUGUUAUUCUUCAAAUGAAAAUGCCGGUUGCAGACAAAGCUCAUUAUAACUGGUACCUGGACCCUGGUGCAUCGAGUCAUAUCUCGAACCAGCUCACUGAUUUCAUGGAGUUCACGCCUCUUAGCGCCCGGAUUCGAGUUGGAGGAAAGAACUCGCUGAGUGUUGAGGGUAUUGGUACUGUGGUUAAGGAGCUGGAGACUACUGGUGGGAGGUGUUCACUGACGCUGCGAGGAGUUCGUUAUGCUCCAGAGCUGCAGUGCAGUCUCUACUCUGUGCGACCAAUAUCUGCCUGA